UCUGCAAUGAGUUCGGCCCCGCAAAUCUCGUUUGAUACCUAUGCACCAAAGGUUGCAAUCGUCACAGGUGGUGCACAAGGAAUAGGUUAUGCUAUCACUCGCAGAUUAACAGAUGACGGCUUUGACGUCGCUGUCAACGAUAUACCCGCAAAGCAGAAAGAACUGGAUAUUGUCGUUGAAGAAGUUCGCCAGAAGGGUCGACGUGCAAUUGCUGUCCCAGGUGAUGUAUCCUCUGAACCUGAUGUCGUCGUUCUAGUCGAGAGUACAGUUCGCGACCUCGGGAGCGUAGAUAUUAUGGUUGCGAAUGCAGGGGUCUUCUUCAUCAGCGAAUUCCUUGAACUCCCUGUCGAGAGGUUUAACGAUGUUUUCGACGUCAACGUCCGCGGAGUUUUUCUCUGUCUCAAGCAUGCGGCUUUGCAAAUGGUAAAGCAAAGACGCGGUGGACGACUAAUAGCGGCGAGUUCGGCUGCAGGCAAGCAGGGCUUGGGUAAUGUAUCAGCUUAUUCAGCUUCGAAGUUCGCAGUUCGAGGCCUAAUUCAGUCUGCCUCAAUCGAUCUGCGUAAGUACGGAAUCACGGCCAAUGCAUAUGCUCCUGGAAUCAUUCAUACACCUAUGGCCAAUGAGGUUAUUGAAGAUGAAGCUGCGGGAAAGGCGACCGUGAGCGUCCGGCAGAUCGCGAAACCAGAGGUUAUCGCAGGCUUAGUUUCUUACCUCGCGAAGCCAGAAUCGUAUUUCGUAAAUGGUCAGACUAUCACCAUCGAUGGAGGUAGCUAUCAUUUUGAUUAA